UGCCCACCGUCACAGCGAGCGACGUUUAGAAAGCAUUAGCUCUCAGCUACUGAUGUUUUCUCGACAGCAUUGUUAAAAAUGAAGCAAAUCUUUCCCUUUUCGUUCACCUGCGGCCGUUAAUCGCUCCCGUUUUUCGCGUCAAAGCGUCUCAUGAAGCGGAAAGACUCGAAAACCUCAGCCGCUGUUGGGCUGCGGUGCGCAUGCUCAGACUGCGCUCUCCAUUCUUAUUAAUUUUUAAUGGAAAAUGGCUGCGUUUCUGAUCCAAACCGCCGGAGCUGAGGAAUAAAGGAACCGUUUCUUCGGCCUCGCUGCCGCUCGCGUCGAACCGGUUCUGUGUGUUUGACUUCACGCUGAGCCGAACCGAACCGAGCCGUGAGGCGGAAAAAUAACAGGGGAGAAAAUGGACCGACUCCCGCUUUGAGGGAUGAAAGAUCAUUUUUCUCCUUAACCCUUCUGCUUGAUCUACGAACAAUCGAGCAAAGAUGAUGCGCCAGGUGACCACCAGCGACUUCUGCAUGAGCAGCAGGCCGUCCUGCCUGGCGGAGGACGCUCACCACCCCGCCGCUCAUUUCGACCUCUGCGCCUCGCAGCCCAGCAAGUUCUACCCGCCUCCGCCGCCGGCCUCCCUGCAGAUGACGCUGGCGCCGAUGGCCUUACCGGCCCAGAGCCACAAGCCGCUGGGCUGCCACAGACAGGACCUUCUGGGUGCUGACCCGCGCGCACCUGGGAAAAUACCUGGCCUGAAGGGCUCGGAGCAAACGCCCGGCGAGGCGAAGAAAAAGACCAAAGGCGGCGGGAAGUCGGGCCGGCGCGGCCGGCCGCUGGGCACCACCAAGCUGGCCGGGUACAGAACCAGCACCGGGCGGCCCCUCGGCACCACCAGGGCCGCGGGGUUCAAGACGAGCCCGGGGAGGCCGCUCGGCACCACGCGGGCCGCGGGGUACAAGGUCAGCCCCGGGCGGCCCCCCGGCAGCAUCAAGGGCCUGUCCCGCCUCAACAAACUGGCUUACAGCAGCAGCUGCAGCGCGGCGGCGUUCCCCUACCCUCUACCGCACAAAGACGUCCUCUGUGAACCUUCCUGCAAAGACAAGGCGGCCGCCGAGGACCGGCUCUGCACCGUCUCCACCUCGCCCUGACCUGGCCGGGAACACCGCUGCUUCCUGUCGGGGCUGGCUGCCAUUUUGAUUUGUGACACUUUUUAGAAAAAAUUCUUGUUGUCUUGCUGUCAUUUGUGUGCCUGCCGCCUGAUAAACCACGUUUGUUUCUGAUGCUAAUGCUAAUGCUAAUCUCCGACAGGCUCAUGGGAACAGCAGGAGGCCGAGGCCUGUCAGAGCAGCAGCUCCACUUUAUAUGUAGCAUUUUAAAAUCAUUCAAAAUGGAAAAUUUAUUUCUCCAUUAGCUGCGCUUCAAUUACAAAUGUGUGCAAAACUUUGUCAAAAACACAAUUUCAUGAUGACGGUGUUUCCAUUAAACAGGAAACAUAAU